GUGGGCAGGAGGCCGUACGGGACUGUGGAGCUGGGCCCACCUGGGUGACUUCUCUGUGAGUAUGCCCUGUACCCAAAAUGAAGACGAUGGUGCUGGUGUGGCUGUGGCUGCUGGUAGCCGAGGCCCUGCUACCUGUCCAUUGUCAGCCAUUUUCUGCCCAUGGAGAUAAGAGUCUGGGGGCACCUGGACCAGCCAGCCAGCAGCCCCUAGAGCCAGCACCCGCCCACCACAGGGUCACACCCACCAUUACUAACUUUGCUUUGCGUCUCUACAAGCAACUAGCAGAGGAAGUCCCAGGGAACAUCCUCUUCUCCCCGGUCAGCCUCUCCAGCACUGUGGCUCUGCUCUCCCUUGGGGCACAUGUUGACACCCAGGCUCAAAUUCUGGAGAGUCUGGGCUUCAACCUCACAGAGACCCCAGCAGCCGACAUCCACCGGGGCUUCCAGAGCCUUUUGCACACACUUGACCUGCCUAGCCCCAAACUGGAACUGAAACUGGGACAUUCCCUGUUCCUAGACAGACAGCUGAAGCCUCAGCAGCGCUUCCUGGACAGUGCCAAGGAGCUGUAUGGAGCUCUGCCCUUUUCUGCCAACUUCACGGAAGCAGCUGCCACAGGGCAGCAGAUCAAUGACCUAGUGAGGAAGCAGACCUAUGGGCAGGUGGCGGGCUGUCUCCCAGAGUUCGGCCAUGGCACUCUUAUGGUUCUCUUGAACUACAUCUUCUUCAAAGCCAAGUGGAAGCAUCCCUUUGAUCGCUACCAGACUCGAAAGCAGGAGAGCUUCUUCCUGGACCGGAGGACACCGCUCCGCAUUCCCAUGAUGCGGCAGAAGGAAAUGCACAGGUUCCUGUAUGACCAGGAGUCAUCGUGCACUGUCCUUCAGAUCGAAUACAGCGGCACUGCCUUGCUGCUGUUGGUUCUCCCUGACCCUGGGAAGAUGCAGCAAGUAGAAGCUGCCCUCCAGCCAGAAACACUGAGAAGGUGGGGCCAGCGGUUCCUGCCCAGCCUGUUGGAUUUGCACCUGCCAAGGUUUUCAAUUUCUGCAACCUACAACCUGGAGAAGAUCCUGCCCCUCAUUGGUCUCAGCAACUUGUUUGACAUGGAAGCUGACCUAGCAGGAAUUAUGGGGCAACUCAACAAAACUGUCUCCAGGGUGUCACACAAGGCCGUAGUGGACAUGAAUGAGAAGGGAACUGAGGCUGCCGCUGCCUCUGGCCUCCUCUCCCAGCCCCCAGCCCUGAACACGACAUUAGCCCCACACGCCCACUUCAACAGGCCCUUCCUCCUUCUUCUCUGGGAGGUGACCACCCAGAGUCUGCUCUUCUUGGGGAAAGUGGUCAACCCAGCUGCUGGGUAAUCGUGGUGGGAGACCACAGGAAUGCUAGCCCAACCUGCAUGGCAGGACCCCUGUGCUGCAGUUCUAAUAAAUCUGAAUUUAGCUGUG